CAAUUUUACGGUAUUUAUGUCUGAGAAUGUUUCUAGAAAUAUUCAAAAGUGUGUCUACAUACGAUUAUAAAUGCCUUAUGAAAUAAAACACACUUCAGCACUUCGAAGGAGAGAAGACGAGGGAGCAGCGAAGGAGGCACAGCCGGAAUGGAAUGCGUACCCGCGAGAUUUCGCUGAGUUUACUUGAGUAAAUGCCACGUCUUACCAGUAGCAUCAACGUAGAUAGAAAUAUUAGCACUUUCCUAAAUUUACUGCGCGCAGGAUAGAAAGUGUUCCAGCGGCCCGACAGGCAGUGAUAUCUGACACAACCCGGGGAUAAUAUGGGCUGCGUACGUCUGCUGGCACUGACAGUGGUCACAUCUGCAGUACUCCUGUUAGUCUCCCGCUCAGCCAUCGCUCAUAGCCAUUCCCAUGGCGACCACGGCCACCAUCACCAUGGCCACCAUCACCACGGCCACCAUCACCACGGCCACUCCCACGGAGAAGACGAUCACUCUCACGGCUCUCAGGUGAAGAUGUUCCACGGAGCGAGCAAGUGGAGCGCCGAGGCCAACCUGCCUCCACAGGAAGAGGAGCACCACGGACACGCCCACGAUCACGGACACGCACACUCACACGACCACGGACACGCACACUCACACGAUCAUGGACACGCACAUGCCCAUGAUCAUGGACAUGCUCAUCAGGAGGAUGUCGUUCGUGUCCACAAGGAGGACAGUGGACACGGACACUCACACGGAGGGGAGAGGGUGAAGAGGGAGGCGGAGAAGCGGGACGUGGUGGAGCUCUGGAUGCAGGCUAUCGGAGCGACGCUGCUCAUCAGUGCGGCUCCUUUCCUCAUCCUGUUUCUGAUCCCGGUCCAGUCCAACAGCGACCAGCACCAGAACCUGCUCAAGGUGCUGCUCAGCUUCGCCUCAGGUGGGCUGCUGGGUGACGCCUUCCUCCACCUCAUUCCCCACGCUCUGGAGCCCCACUCCCACCAUGGAGAAGAUCACGGACACUCGCACGAAAGCGAAGAGUCACAUGACCACGGUCACUCCCACGGAGCUGCCCACGGUCACAUGAUGUCGGUGGGCCUGUGGGUCCUCGGUGGGAUCAUCGCCUUCCUGGUUGUGGAGAAAUUUGUGCGCCUGCUGAAGGGAGGCCACGGCCACGGACAUUCCCACGGCCACGCACACGAUGCCGCCAAGGAAAAGGACAGUGAUGGAGAAGAAGAAAAGGAAAAGAAGAAGAAAGAGGGGAAAGGAAGCAAAGAUGAGAAGGUGCCAAAGAAAGGGGAGAAGAAGAGCACAGACAUCAAGGUGUCAGGAUACCUGAACCUGGCAGCCGACUUCACACAUAAUUUUACCGACGGCCUGGCAAUCGGAGCGUCGUUCCUGGUUGGUCCGACAGUUGGGGCCGUCACCACCCUCACCAUUCUGCUGCACGAGGUCCCACAUGAGAUCGGAGACUUUGCCAUCCUCGUCCAGUCCGGCUGCACCAAAAGAAAGGCCAUGUGUCUACAGCUGCUGACGGCCCUGGGAGCUCUGGCCGGCACAGCUUGCUCCCUAUUGGCCGAGGGCGUGGGCGCCGCGGCGACCGCCUGGAUCCUGCCGUUCACCGCCGGCGGUUUUGUUUACAUCGCGACAGUGACCGUGCUCCCGGAACUGCUGGCGGGACGCUCCAGUUUCGGCCAGUCUCUGAUGGAGAUCCUGGCCAUGCUGUUCGGGGUCGGCAUGAUGGUGCUGAUCGCUGAGUACGAGUGAGAUGCAGCAGAGCGGACACAAGCUCCUUACAGAGUGAGACAGGGAGGGAAAAAGGUCAACGGUUGAGAAAAUGUUGGUUUUAAGUUCAGGGGGUGUGUUUUCUUGAUUUUUAUUGGUUGGGACAAACGCCACCCGCUGAAGGAAAACGGGUGAUUUCUGUUGUCAUGUGUAUUCUAGCAGUUUAUGGUCACAUUCCUGUUUUGUGUUAACGUUUCUUUUUCGGCUUCCUGAAAAACUGUUCAGCAGGAGAGACUGAGAGCUGGAGGGAAACCACCUGCUGGUGAAAUUUUUUGAGGACCGAGGGCCUCCGUCUCUGGAGCCGGUCGGUCCCAGAAUUCACUCACCACUUUCACUACACGGCUCGUUCAGCGACGGUUUGACUGCGGCGUAAACUGACAGCCAGUCACCUCCAAAAGUGGCUUAAGGAUGAUUCAUUUUCGAGCCAUAAAACCAAACUGUCGUCAUUUUUGCAAGUGGCUGGUCCUUAAAACACAAACCUUUGCGGGUUGGAUUAUGUAAAGAGCAGAGACGGUGACAUUCGGGCUCGCUUGAACGCGUUCAGCGUCUGAAUGUUGAUAUUUUUUACAUUCCAGAAAAUAAAAGUUAAUGUUGUGACUUCUA